AUGACCACUGUCGGACAAAGCAAAGUCAUGCUCCUAGCUGUGAGCCCAUCUGUCCAGAUCCAGCUUAGCCUCAGCACCCUCGCCGCAGAGUCCACUGCUUGUUGUCUGGCAGCUGUGUCAAUAAAGUUUUUCGCAAGGGAUCACCGAAGCCGGAGAGAGGCCAGGCUGCCCAGAGUUAGUUCUGGCAACUUCCCGGGAGGGAAAAAGAGUUUCGCGAGAUUUGGUAGCAGCAGGCCACUGGCACGCCACCUGCACCUGCUAUCGCGAGAUUUGGCAGGCGGAGGAGGAGCUGUCGCGGUCAGCCGCCUCACAGCGAUGGCGGCCGAGCAGGGCCGGCGGCGGUGGCGGCUGCGGCUACGGCCGGAGACAGCAGUGGUGGCAGUAGCGGUGGGUGGCGGGGGCCUGUGA